AUGUCUUCAGAGUUGUCCAAUGUGGGGAAAUUUCAAGAAGCUGUACAUGAUGCCAAUGCCAGCCGAUACUUCACGCUGAUUGGGGUGUCUCUUCUCGUAUAUGACCAUUGUCUUACACUACCUGAUGAGGUACUACUCAUUUGGAUCGCCCCACGCUCAUUUGCGAAGUACGCGUUCCUCGCAAACAGAUACCUGGUUGCCAUAUGUUUGCUCAUCGUUGCGGAUGAAAUAUGUGGAUUUGUCGCGUACUCCGACAUCACCAUCCUGCGAUUCCUCAUCGGGAGCUUUAUUGCCAGCUUCAUUGCCACGUUCUCGACGAUGGUUGUCGUGAUCACAGCCCUUGCACAACAAGCACAUCUCACACAGUCUAAGCAGCUGGAAUCAAAUGGCUACCUACAGCUAAGAUUUUUGAUCGCUGUUUGGGCCUCUCCUAUGGCUUUCGAGGUCGUUGUGCUCAUUCUCACCACCUACAACGCUUUUUCACGACCACGUCCUGCUGACGUUCAACUCACUGAAAUUCUACAUCGUGAUGGUGCUCUUUUCUUUCUAGCCUUGACUGUCCUCCGAAUCCUGAACAUUGUUUUUGCGGCGACUGCCAAUCCUGGAACGACUAUGUUCGCUGUCUUCUUUGUCUGGUCGAUGGUGACGCUCACGCUCAACCGCUUGCUACUUCACAUUCGCGCGGCCGAGGUCGCAGAAAAAUCCCAAUCUGAUAUGUCAGAUCCUGUGAUGGCUGGACCUGCUACGUCCGGCAUGCCCUUCGUAUUGAAUGGUCGCGCGUCCCCAUUUUCAUUCGGUGUUGUCGAAAGACAAGGAGUGCUGGAUAAUUGUGGCGACUUCAUACACUACACCUCCACGUCAAGCUCCCCGCGACUUAAUUAUUCGUACUGCUUUGUCGUCACAAAUCAUAGUCUCGAUUGCCUCACAGAUCUGGAGACGGGACGUCGGAAUAGAGAUACUGAAAUAGACUGUAAUGCAGUCUGCGCCGUGCUCGAUUGGUUGACCAACGUCGACACGCCCCACUGUCCACGCCGAUUCUCUUAUCUACGUGAACCUCUUUGUGCUUCUGCAAUGGCCGAGUUCUUUAUUGCACCUAACGGGAACACAAUACUCACAAAGCAACCCUAUACGGUAUCAGAGUCUCGCGGGGUCAUCACACUGAUCGUUUUUUCCUCAAUCUCCGCUCUUGCAGUGGUAGGAUUACUUGGUGCUCUCUCCAUAUCAGCACUCAACACGCGCUCAUCAAAUAACCCAAACCUAUUCGUUCGAAGCCAUGUCGUGACAUACUUUGUCUCACUUCUGAUGUGCGAUCUCUUACAAGCGAUUGGGUCUAUAAUGACGACUGCGUGGGCGAAGAGUAUGAGCGUUGAUGCUGGCACGCUUUGCACCGCUCAAGGGAUAAUCAAACAUGUUGCCGACGUGGGAAUUGCUCUAUGGUCCCUAGUCAUAGCCUUCCAUGUUUUUGGUAUUCUUUUUUUUCGAUUACCGCUCAAACGAUAUGCCUUAUGGUGCAUACUCAUUGGAACAUGGUCUCUGAUCGCUACCUUGAUCAUAACCGGCCCUGCUACACUCGAUACGGUGCAUCGCGGCCCAUUCUACGGUAUUUCAGGACAAUGGUGCUGGAUCACACCAGAAUAUGGAGUUCAGCAUAUAACUCUGGAUUACAUGAUUAUGUUCAUAUCCGCGGUCAUUUCAUUCGUUCUGUACACACUCGUGUACCUGAGACUUCGUGGCAACGUCGUCGUUCACGGUAUCCAUAUCCGCUUUCGCAUGCGCCGUGCAUCUCUGUCUUGGCAAGGAUCGGAACAGGGGAUUCAAGACAAACAUAUCAUGGUUGUUGCUAGACAAAUGCUACUGUAUCCUAUCGCCUACACCAUCAUCAUCCUGCCUAUCGCUGCGGCGCGCUUCAGUGGCUGGUUCGGGCACGAUGUCCCUUUCGGUGUAACCAUUUUCUGGAAUCGCGAAUCUAAUGAUACUGCGCACUCCGAAAGCGACACGAUUUACCUCCUGUCUGGUACCACAAAUGUUGUGCUCUUCAGCAUCACACGCCGCAUCCUUCCUCCUCGCUCAAUCAUUCCCAAAUUCCUCAUCUCCAAGCCCAAGCUCGUCGAAAGCACAGCUGUGACGAGUUCAGACGCGGACCCAUACUACGGCUUCUAUGCGUCCGGCAACCUCGGCCUCGAGAUGGAGAAAGGAGACACAGAGAAUCCGUUCGAGUUCCAUAAUUCUAUGGGUGUAUCUGGACGAGAUAUUGUUGGCGAAGAGGUAACAGAGAAGCGCGAUCCCGGCGUGUCUACCCCUGCUUGGCGUUUGAGCGCAGGGAGCGGCCUGGAUGUCGACUCGGAUGCUGUCGUCCUUACAGAAGCUGGCAUCCUCAAGCGUGUCUAUAGUCCUGAUGCAGAUUCGGACUCAGAUACCGAUGUGCGCUCUGUUUCUGACGCUUCGGACUUUGUGGACGUAGAUGUCUUGGGAGGGCCUCUGCGACACGCAGCACCGCUUCCUCAAGUGCCUAGGUCACCAAGAAUCUACGACGAGGACGACGGGAGCGAGAGGAGCGUUCGUCGCGCAAGUGCAACGCCGACGACAUUCAUCAGCUUCUGA